CCCUGCUAGGCAAACCCGCCUUCAGUGAGGGUUUGAGCGAGGCGUGUCCCCUAGCGAGGCGCAGAAGUGGAGCCCUGGUGGGUGGUUCUGCAGGGGCUGGGAUGUGGGGUUCCACUUUUCCUCCUUCAGUUAUGUCACAAAGAGCCAGCUUGUAGGAGGCGGUAGGGACCGGUGACUGCUUUCAUCGUGCUGCCUGCUUGCAAGGCCUUUCCCACUCACAUUCUCACCACCUUCUCUCCCACCUGUCACCCAAAUCCCAUCUUCUCUGCCCCAGUCCUUGGGACGCUGUGGGCAAGAUGCCAACCAGACCACUCUGUCAAGUGGAGUCUACCUCCCAUUGCCCCUGUCCCCCAACCCCCCCAACUCUUCUCAACCUUUGGAAAUGGCUUCCUUAAAAAAAAAAAAACCUUUUGGUUUCAAACUGAUCCUCACUUGUGGCUUAGAUGUCACAGACCACUUGGGAAAGUCCCCUUGCAAUGGGACAAUUCAGCCAAGUCUAGACUUCCUGGUUUAGAAGGACCAGGUAAGUAAGGCCAGCGUUUGGUGCCCACACAGACUUUGUACUCUGUGUUCGUGGAGCCCGGGAGCCAGAGGAGCAGAGGUUAAAUUCUAAUCUUGCUGUUGGUGUUUUCAUGAGCCACAGAGCCAGGGGAAGCUGAGGCAGGGAAAUGGUUUUCUUUAAGGCUAUAUGUUUCCUAUAGAGCGCCUUUGAGCCAACUACUUGUCCUGUCUUGUGAAAAUUUAGUACUAGAGCCUCAGGGAACUUGCUCCAACCAGCAGCAACCACGUGGACACAGGGCAGCAGAUUGCAAUGGUGGCCUGGAUUCAAGUGCUGGGUUUUGAUCCCCAAGACACCCUCUCUUGCGGACCUUACCCCUCUCCCAUCCCAGCACCCUGUGCUCCCAGCCCCCAUGCUUGUUAUGCUAUGGCAGACAGUGGGUCUCAAUGGACAUUCCAGACGAGGACUGCCCUUGUCUCAACACAUCUUAGAAAUCAGCUUCGGGGGAGGGGGAAGCAUGCACAAGCCUCUCACGGCCUGAAGUAUCAAAACUCAAGGAAGCAGAAUGAGUCUAGUUGAAAUGACAGCUCUGAGCUGAAAAAAGCUUGGGACUCUGUGUAAAAAGCUCUUUCCAGCCCCUCCCCCUUUCUCUUCUGGGUGAUAAGAAUCCCAUCGUGGUCAUCCCCACUGGGCUCUAAGGACCCCUCGAGACCAUAGAUCAUAGAUGUGCUUAAUGGGGAUGCUGGAAGGCAGGCAGAAGGGACUUUUGUUGGUGACACCUGUUUCUUUCUUUCCUCGGGUCCUCGUAGAUCUUGCUCCCUCCCGGGCUACAGGGACGUAAUACUUCUGCUUUCAGUUCUGGGGAUACAGAACGCCUCUUAGCCUGUCUCUUGGGCAAUGUCCUGGGAAUUGGGAAUCCUUCUGCAGGGAAUCCUUUCUCCGGGGCCCUGUGUACAGACCUUGCACUUAGCAAGGGGUUGCCAUAACCAAGGUCGCUCUGGGGGUUCUCAUCUCAGGGGAGAGGCAGGCCUGCAGACAGAGGGUCUGGUGCAGUCAAAGCUUCCAUAAUAAGAAGUGGGAACUGAGGGCACAGGAAAUGCCAGGUUUGAACCAUCACACUGUGCUGGACGGACAGAAUCCUUUCCCUCUCAAAGAGGUAAAGUGAGCAGGAGAGAUGCUAUGGGUGAGGAUUUAGCUCAGGGCUGUCCCUGGAUGAAUAAAUGUUCACAGAUGUUAGUUGCUAUUAUUAUUAGUCUAUUAUUACCAAUAACAGGUGGGCCACACUUAUUGCGGGAGCACAUUUGAUCUCUUUGGUGGUAAUUUUCCCAGGCAGUGGGCAAUGGAGGGAGGGAUGGGCACCCGUGCACGGAGAACUGCGUGCGUGCGUACAGGCUGGAAAGCUCUGGGUGGGAGCCGUGGGUGGGAGUCGCUGCUGGAACUCAGUCAACAGUGUAAUGCAGGUCCCGGUAGGAAGGCCAGGGAAGGAGUCAGAGGUCAUCCUGCCAGGGGCUGUGCACGGUUAAAUGCUCGCUGACCCGAAGCAGCCUUGUCAGUUUUGCAGCUCUCUGCAAAAGGUUGCCUGACUGUAGUUACCCAGGAAAGAGCAGGAUUAAUUUCUGCACGGGAGGAAGAGCAGGGCUACUUUUAUACCAAAGGGUUCUCUCUAUUCCUUCUCAGUCUCUUUUAGCAAGCAUAAAGCUUUCUCUCCUCCUUCCCUCUGCCUGACAGGGUCCCCCAUGCCAAAGUCUUCAAAAAUGUUCCAUGCCUGCUCGUCAUGGUUGAAUACGUAUGUAAUCUCAGCACUCAGAAGGUCAGGAGGCAGGAGGAUAGCCAUUUUAGGGAUAGCCUGGGCUACAUGGUGAGACCUUGAAUGAAGAAAAAAAAAAGAUGCUGUGUGCUGUCCUGUAUGCGUUUCGUAAAUCUCUAAGCUGGCUGCACAGUGUUUGGUUUCUGACUUUGUGUGCCCCUGGGUGCCGAGUGGUAGGUGGAUCACCCUACGGUAUGCUCCUGGAACCUGCCCUGACUUUUGGGAAAUUCCUGAGUGCAGGUGACUGUGGGGGGAGGUGUUCCUGGAUGUCUCAGAAUCCAGGAUGGCAUUCCACUAGAGUCCCACAGAUGUGCUUCUAUGCGGGUAGUUUGUAGCUUGAUUGAUGGGGCAGGUGGUGACCAAACCCUAAGCUGGCCCCAGGGAGGAAUGAGUCUUUUAGGAUGACUGCUCAGAAUAUCGUGUGACUAUAGAUCCUGCCUAUAGACAGGAGGCGUUCGAGCACAUGCUUAACUGUUUGUUUUUCCAUGAUGACUGUUUAAGUUUAGGGGUUUGAAUUCUGAUCCUGCUUUCCGCCAGUUUUUGGACCUUGGGCAAUGGUUCCGUUUCCGUGGGCCCCCAAUUUCUCCAUCUGGAAACCCAGACCAUAUAUAUUGAAUAUAUAACGCACAUAUAAAGAAUUCUGAGUUCUCCUAAGGAUUUUGAUCCGAUGUAGAGUGAUGGGUUUCUAAGGUUUUGUGUGUGUGUGUGUGUGUGUGUGUGUGUGUGUGUGUGUGUCACUAUGUACUGAGGCUCUCCUUGAACUCUCAGUCCUCCUAUUUCAGCCUGGGUUCUGGGGUUAUAGGGGUGCACCCCUCUGUGUGAUGUAGCUUCUAAGCUGUUCAUGAUAUUGGUACAAUGUCCACUGAAUUUUCAUCCAUGGCUCUGUUUGUACCAUACCUAGAGUUACAUAAUAAUCAUUCUUCUUUUAGUUUCCUUUUUAAAUUAUUUAGUUUUUUUUUUUUUUUUUUUAGAUUUACUUACUUGAUUUUGUGUGCAUGAGUGUUCGCCUGAUUCUAUAUGUGCACCACAGAUGUGCCUGGUGCUAGCAGAAGUCAGAAGGGAACAUUGGAUCCCCUGCAACUGGAGUUACAGAUGGUUGUGAGCUAGCGUGUGGGUGCUGGGAAUCAAACCUGGAUCCUCUUUCCGGGCAAACAGCGUUCUCAACAGCUAAGCCAUCUUUGCUGUUCCCUAGUCUUCUAUUUCAUUCACUAGACCCACAGUUCUCAGUUGUGAACAGUUCUGGCCAGUGUCUAGAGGUGUCUCUGUUUGUCAGAGCCAGCUAGGAGGGACCUGGAGAAGACGUGGCCUCUAGUGCCUCGAGACCAGGAAGGCUAUGGGAUAUUCUGCAGUGCAUAGCACAGCCCCUCACAGCAAAAAAUUCCAGGCUCCCAAACGUGAAUAGCAUCAAGGCUGAGAUGGGUUACACUCGACCUUGUGUCCUCUGAGGUCAGUGGCUGUAUCUAAUUCAUUCAGCUGUGUCCCCGGUUGUCAGAGCCAGGGAGACAAUCCACAUACAUUAAAAGAAUGAAUGAGAACUUGGAAGGCCUCGUGCACCCUGGAGUCCCGGGGGUUUGGCUUACAGGAUGAUUUGAAUGGGCAGGAGAGAGAUGAGUCUGCAGGACAACAGCCACUUGGUAAUUCAGACCAAAGGCUGUCAGAGCAUGCCUACUAUUUUCCUUUGGACAGGUGCACGGGGGCCUGGAUCAGCUGGAUCACGGCUGUAUUACUGCUGCGUUUGCUUGUGCCAGACACGAGGCCCAUCUAGAUCCUCAGGUGGGCUGGGAAAAGGGGCCAUAGGUGCUAACAAGGAACACCCUGUCAGCUGAGCUCUCGGGAUCUGCUAGGCUGGGGCGUAGCUGCCGUCAGCUUCCUGUUUUUUUCCCUUUCUGGUGGAAUGAAGGAAACCCACUGAAUGGCUGUUUUUCCACUGACAUUUACAGCAAUGUGAUAGGCCUUGGAUUAAUGAGGUCAAGCUACAGUGUGAAAUCUACCCGAUAACUUGGAACCUGGCCAGCAGGAAGACAUGCUUGUUUUCUUGGGGCUGUUUGAUGUUUGUGAAUGGCUUUGGGCAGGAAGCAGGGGUUAUAACUGCUCAAGAGAGGGGUGUGCUUUAUGCCCUGGGAUUGUGGAGCUCGGUACUGCCCCUUUUCCUAAUUUACUGGAAAAGCUUAUUUUAAUGUGGACUUUGAAAAGUCCACAGCUCAUUAAAGCAAAAAUUCACUUUGAGUCAGGCAGGUUGAUGAUGACUGGGAACAUGGACCAUAGAGAGGAUACCCCCACCCCUCACCCCCGCCAUCUCUGCCUCAAGUAGAAGAAUUCAGGCCCCACCAUGAGGCUCCAGCCCCUCGGGAGCCCCUGUGCUCCCCUGGCCCCGGGCUCACGGUGCUAGCCCCAGACAGAGCAAGGGCAGGUGCGGGGCCAUGGCCAGCCACGUGGACCUGCUCACAGAGCUGCAGCUGCUGGAGAAGGUGCCUACACUGGAGCGCCUGCGCGCAGCCCAGAAGCGCCGGGCUCAGCAGCUGAAGAAGUGGGCACAGUAUGAGCAGGACCUGCUUCAUCGCAAGCGCAAGCAUGAGCGGAAGCGUAGCACCGGUGGACGUCGCAAGAAGGUGUCCUUCGAGGCCAGUGUAGCGUUGCUGGAGGCCUCACUGAGGAAUGACGCUGAAGAAGUACGAUACUUCCUGAAGAACAAGGUCAGCCCUGAUUUGUGUAAUGAGGAUGGGCUCACAGCCUUGCACCAGUGCUGCAUUGACAACUUCGAAGAGAUUGUGAAACUGUUGCUCUCCCAUGGUGCAAACGUGAACGCCAAGGACAACGAGUUGUGGACACCCUUGCACGCUGCAGCCACCUGCGGCCACAUCAACCUAGUGAAGAUCCUCGUUCAGUAUGGGGCUGACUUGCUUGCUGUCAACUCUGAUGGGAACAUGCCCUAUGACCUCUGCGAGGAUGAACCCACCCUGGAUGUCAUCGAGACCUGCAUGGCGUACCAAGGCAUCACCCAGGAGAAAAUCAAUGAGAUGCGAGCAGCUCCUGAGCAGAAGAUGAUUUCGGACAUCCACUGCAUGAUAGCAGCCGGCCAGGAUCUCGACUGGAUAGAUGGCCAGGGUGCCACACUGCUACACAUAGCUGGAGCCAAUGGAUACCUGCGGGCAGCCGAGCUCCUCCUGGACCACGGAGUGCGUGUGGACGUCAAGGAUUGGGAUGGCUGGGAGCCUCUGCAUGCAGCAGCCUUCUGGGGACAGAUGCCAAUGGCAGAGCUCUUGGUGUCCCAUGGAGCUAGUCUCAGUGCCAGGACAUCCAUGGAUGAGAUGCCAAUAGACUUGUGUGAGGAGGAGGAAUUCAAAGUCCUGCUGUUGGAGCUUAAACACAAGCAUGAUGUAAUCAUGAAGUCCCAGCUGAGACACAAGUCAUCCCUGAGCCGGAGGACAUCCAGUGCAGGCAGCCGUGGGAAGGUGGUGCGUCGAGCCAGCCUGUCAGACAGAACCAACCUAUACCGGAAAGAAUAUGAAGGAGAGGCCAUCUUGUGGCAGCAGCGGAGUGCAGCUGAGGAACAGCGUACUUCCACCUACAACGGAGACAUCAGGGAGACCAGGACAGACCAGGAGAACAAGGACCCGAACCCCAGGCUGGAGAAGCCCGUGCUGCUUUCAGAAUUCUCUACCAAGAUCUCCCGGGGAGAACUGGAUGGGCCUGUGGAGAAUGGCCUCCGGGCUCCUGUCAGCACCUACCAGUAUGCGCUGGCCAACGGGGACAUAUGGAAGAUGCACGAGAUACCUGACUACAGCAUGGCCUAUGGCAACCCCGGCAUGGCUGAUGUCCCCCCACCCUGGAGCGGCUUCAAAGAGCAGAGCCCCCAGACGCUCCUGGAGCUGAAGAGGCAGAGGGCCGCAGCCAAGUUGCUCAGCCACCCGUUCUUAAGCACCCACCUGGGCAGCAGUGUGGCCAGGUCGGGGGAGGGCAGCAGCGAAGGCAAGGCCCCCUUGAUCGGAGGCAGAACUUCCCCCUACAGCAGCAACGGGACCUCGGUGUAUUAUACGGUCACCAGCGGAGAUCCCCCGCUCUUGAAGUUCAAGGCCCCCAUGGAGGAGAUGGAGGAGAAAGUUCACGGCUGCUGCCGGAUCUCCUAAUGUCUGUAAACUGGCCGAGAGAGCUGCCUCGGAGAGGGGUCCCCAGAAUCCAAAGCCAGUUCGACAGCCCUGGCUGGGGAGGUGUUGGGGCAGCCGAGGAGAGGUGGGGUCUGCUUUCCAGAGGAAUGCUGACCUUACCUCAUGCCCAGCUGCCCAUAGCAUCUCCACUUCCUCCUGUGCUGCUUCCUUGCCUCACUCAAUGCCUGCAUCUGAAGUAUAGUGGGCCGACGCACACUGCAGUCUGAUCCAGGGAGGGUGGGGUUGGGAUCUCAGUUCUGUGCUUGGUAAAGGCUUCUUAGACAAGGAAUAACAACACCCCUUCACACACACACACACACACACACACACACACACACACACACACACACACACAGAGAAUCAAUUUAGUGUGUGAGAAGGCUACACCUGAGCUCUUGGGAUGCAGAUGGGGCUGAGAACUUGUGGGUUAUCCCCAGAAGAAUGAAUUCAAGACAGUCUUGGCACCACUGCCAACUGGCUUCCACUUGGGGAGAGGCCUGCUCAGUUGAGACCCACAGCUUUGAAGUCAUACCAGGCUGGGACACUAUCACACCUAGCAGAGACAGGAAGUCCUAUGGAUUCAUAGAAGCCAGGAGUCCAUAUGGAUCAGGUUUGUGGGUCCAGGCCUUCUCCCCAUAGCCUUGCUGAGAUCUGCUCUCAUGCACAUGUCAAUAGGAAGGUGGAGGACUAUUCACGGGUCAGGCUGGAAAGUCAGGCCAUUCAUGCGUAGAAGAAACCAAAUCUUGUUUUGGUCUUCCCUUGGAAGCGUAGGAGUUAGGUAGGGUACAGCACACAGGUAUUUUCCAAACUGUGUUUGGUAAAAGCCUUCUUUGAGGCUGUAAGAUUCCGGGUGGGAGGUAACCGAAUUUGCCUUUUCCCAAGACAGUGUCACAGUUGGGUUUUAUUGUCUGGUAUUUGAGAAAUGAAUUUCAUCAGGAGCUUCUGGGGAGGGGGGGAGGUCUUCCAGGGAAAGGUGCACACACUGCUGAGAACACCAGGGUUAACGUUGAUAUGACACAGCAUCCUAGCUGGUCUUUGUGGUUUUCAUGCUGUUCUGGUCCGGUCCAUUUCAGCCUGCCUUCUUCAGCCUGAGCCAUCACCUGGAGCAGUUGAGGCUUGCUUGCACCCCACCCUCCCACCUUACACAGUUGAGUCUGCAGAGUGAAUGCUCAGGCCCAGGUCCCUCCUAGCUUUGCCUUUUCUGUAAUGCUAUGUAAGACGUGUUUGCCAAGCGUCGGCUCCCACCAGGAGGUCUGAAGGCUCUCAGCCUGCUUUUCCUGGAGUGGUUAUGCCCAAAGCUGCAAACUGAGGUGCCCAUGGCCACUGUCCUGUGCUGCCUUCAGGAGAGCACAGCAUGGCUGGAGUUGGCUAUCAUCCAAGCUGUACAGCUUUGCUGCCCUUGUCUUCCUGAUGCUGGGGAAGGAAGCCCACACCACGUCACGACCACACUUUCCCAUGAACCCAGUGAAAUUCUGCUCCAUACACUGGCUCCACCGAAAUCUUCUGGCAUCACAGGCAAGCUAUGAAUUUGUUCCUUGCUCUGUGCUCUUUUUAUUUGUCCUCAAACUACCUCCUUAGAGCCCUGAGAGAGUCCCUAUGUCACUCGGAUGUAUGGGACAGAUGCCCACGUCUUUAUGGCCUCCCAGUGCCACACCCUUAGUGGUUCAGCCUGCCAUUUGUUGGUCUCUGUCUCCACUGUGGCCUUAGGACCGCAGUAGACUAGAGAUGAAGCGGGACCUGACUAAAUUGGGCAGAGGCUUUAUUAGAACCAGGAGUAGUGUGGGCCCAAGAGCACCCUGGAGGCUACUAGAUGCAGAAGGAGGUGCACAACACUAGGUCAUCCCCCCCCAACUUCAGGACAGAUGGGAUCUGGCACAGUGAUGUAAUAUAAUAUAACAUAAGAGACUAAAGACAGUUUAUUGAAUCCCUGGGGCCUCGGCUAGGCUCUGCAGUCCAUGGCUGAAAGAGGAGAUGAUAAAAACACACACCUGUGGCUUUAGACUUUUAGCUCUGACAGACACUGAAAUGCCUCUGGAGAUGACUUUAGCCACAAGGUGGCCAGUCGGCCCGGCAGCCAGCCAUGUACUCCUAGGAGUCAGCUGCCCAGGGUUUCUGAGCCCUUUGCGCAGGGGCCAGAGAACAAAGGUAUUUAUUGCCUUCUCUGAGCUGUUCAGGCCAUUUCUCCUCCAUAGCCAGCACUUCUUCCUGCCUCCUGGGCCAUUCUUCUCUACCUGAGGGGUGGGAGACUCAGCUGCCUCCUCCACGGGAGCUAAUACCAGACAGUGUGGAUUCAUGGGCUUUUGUUCACGGUUUCCACCAGGGAUAAACAAAUGUUCCCUGUUUAGGCUCCAAGUCCCCAGGGCACUUUGUGACUCUUUGGAAUAUUGAGAGGCACAGUGAGGAACAAUCUCCAGUGCGUGAGCCAGGGCCACCCACCCAUUCACUCAUGUGAUUGAGGUGUGGAGACACACCAGACAUUCGUUUUGGCAGAUAAUGGACUAGCCGGGCAGCGAAGACUUUGAUUUGUUGAAGACCGUGGGCAUCCCUAGACUCGUCCAUGAUUCUAAUCAGAGUGCCUCCAUCCCAGACCAGUGCCCCCAUGCUCUGCAGCACCUGCAGCUCUUAGAGUGUGAAUCUCUUGAGCUGGGACAUAGCUCUAUGGCUACACCUAGAUAACAUUUGCCACUAAGUGCAGAGGCUAGAUCUCAGGUACCAGGCAGACACUGUACUGGUCCGUCUAGAGCCUUCAGAGGUAGCCUUCAGGCCAGCAUCUAUAGAGAACAAUAUAACAGCAGUCUAAGGUCAGUGCCCGGAAGAACCAGAAGUCUGCAAUUUGCUGUCAAAUACAUCCCUAGCAUUUACAGUCCUGUUCUCGUUUUUUACUCAUGAAUCGUACAGUCUUCUCCCCUACACCAACAGUGGAUGUUGGGAGGGAGGACAACUACUUCUCUUCAAAUUAACCAUUUCCAUGUGUGUCAGCCUCUCUGCCUGGAAGGUAUGGAUCCAAGGGCUAGGAGAAGCCUGGCAAGGUUGACCAGAUGGCUCACUCCUACCAGGAACCUGUGUCUUGGCAGCCAUUCUUGGCAAACUGGAGACAUCUAUUUCCAAACCAGGUGCCCUGCAGUUCCCUGUGAGCUGUCAUUCCUUGCCCCCACCCUAUGCUCCCCAAACUAUUAGAAAUUGGUAGCUAUCACCAGAUUGUGAAUUUCUGGCCAGUAGCUCAGGGAAUUGGAAUGAAUCCUAAACCCAGGUCUAUUGAAGACUUUGGGGAUAUAAUUCUUUAUCAAAUAUGCAGCAUUAAUGAAGCUUCACUGCACUGUUUGAUUAACUUGUAGAUGUUUGGAAAGGUUGCCAGAGUGUGGCCCCAGCCAGGUGUAGUGGCACACACCUUUCAUCCCAGCACAAAGGAGGCAGAGGCAUGUGAUGUAUUUCUGAGUUCCAGGCCAGCCAGGGCUACACGGAGAAACCCUGUCUCAAAAAACCAAAUAAAUAAAAAUAAAAUAUGGCCUUGGUUGGGUUAACACAGUCUAGCUUUGUAACAAUGUGAGACUCUUGAUUCUUAGUGUUCAUUACCCUCUGGUCCUGGCGUUGUCUCCCACCUGCUCUCCCAAAGCAGGAUACCGGGAUGUUUUCCAGAGGGGCCAUCCUUAUAUGAUGUCAGGACUGUCUGAACUUUCACUAUUUGUGGCCUGGUGAUAGCCUCCCUUCCCCAGGGCACAGAAAAGCCAAGGAUCAAAUGGCCAGGGUGGACAGCUCCACUGAAGUGACCCACUCUUUUUCUAGAAAGCCCAAGGCCUCUCCCUUGUUAGCCAGAGGGCCUCCUUCUCAUGGGCACUUCUAAUGCCACUGUGCGGGGCCUGGCUCUGCACACCCUGGAAAAGUCUGCAGACACCCAGCCCUCCGCAAUAAUUCACCAGACCAGAAGCCACUGAUGUACAGAGAACACUUAAGAAAAAAAAUGUAUUUUAUGUGAAAAAAAAGUUAAAAACUCUGUAUACUGUAUCAGCAGCUUUCUGUAAAAAUGGCAAUCAAAAGAGUCUAAUAUAUUUAAAACUUUUUUAAAAAAAAUAUUCUCAUGGAUCUUUGAUAUUGUAUUGAAGUAGCUUCGUGCCUCCAAGGUGGGGUCUGACCGUAUCACCAAGGGGCCUGUACCUCUGGAGUUACUCCCAGCUGCCGAGGCCUGUGACGGAAUUCGCUGUUAUGGAUUUUUAAUUAAGAUUAUUAAAUUCCUUUUAAUAACA